CACAGCUUCCAAAGGACAGUAAAAGGAGGUGGCUAGUAAUAGCCUUGGUGGCUCUGCUUGCGGUGAUGUUCCUACUCUGGGUUAUCCAGAUCAGCGUUAUGAUGUCAUAUUUUUCUCAGGUCCUCCAGCAUACCAAGAAGGGACAAGAAAGCGUUAUUGCAGAAAUACAUGAAUUUUACAGUAAAGUUGUUUUACAUCUCACUGAGUCACAGAAAAACCUUACUGUCGAGAUUCAACAACUUAAAACUGAAAUGUUCAAACCUUCAUGCCCCAGUACAUGGAAGCAAAUCCAGUCCAAGUGUUACUAUAUUUCUACAACAUCUCUCACGUGGGAGGAAGCCAAGGAGGACUGUAUUGCUCGUCAAGGACAGCUUCUAGUUCUGAGGGACCAGACUGAAUCGAACGCACUGAGGGUUUAUUUGAGUCCUCAGCCUUUUUGGAUAAGUCUGAAGAGAAAAAUUAAUACAUGGAUAUGGCUAGACGGGACUAUUCCAUCCUUCACAUCCUGGGCGCCAUAUGAACCUAACAACGCUAGAGGGAUUGAAGACUGCGUGGAGUUAAAAGAAGGAUUAUGGAAUGACGUUGCAUGUACAAAAAAGAAUCCGUAUGUCUGUAAAAGUAUAUGGUUCUACUGAAGGGACAUAUAUUACUUUUAAUGUUACUAAUAGUCAUGGAUUAUUUUUUGUUAUUGAUAUUAUAUUAUAGAUUAGCAAAUUAUUAAAUAUUUAGAUGACAAAAUAUAU